GCCAAACGAGCCUGCUCCCUGACCCCCUGCAAAGCCACCGGCAAGACAUCCUGCGUGGGCUCUGUCUACUCGGACGGAACCUGCAUCAACCUCAGAUCCAGCAACGGAAAGCCAUUUGUCUCUGGAUGGACUGCCCCGGGAUGUAGCUGCAAGAUAUACUCCAAGCUAGACUGUGAGGGAGACGAGAUUACGGUUAACAGUAGCGGGUAUGGAAAGUUUCCUUUUGAUGCUAUUAGUAUGGAGUGUUGAGAUGUCAUGAGGUGAUGUUGAUGUCAUUGUGAUAUAAGAUACAUAUUCUUCUAUAGCAUCACUCGUUACUUCUGCAUACAACUAGUUACGUUCAUCUGUACUCAUAAUAUCGUAUACUCAUAAUACAAUAACCAUGCGAGUCCUAAUCCAACCAACCCCUACAUCCCCUCAUCUCCACCUAAUCGACUGUCCCAUCCCCUCCCCCAACCCAAAUGCCAACGAACACCUCAUCCGCGUGCACUGCACCGCCCCCACAGCCGGCGAACUCCUCUGGUCAACGAUGGUCGCCGUCCCAGACAAACAACCCGUGCCGUGCUCCGACAUGGCAGGGACGGUGGUAAGCGCGCCUCCAGACUCACCAUUCCAGGCCGGCGAUGAGGUGUACGCGCGCACGUCGUUUUCCCGACCCGGCGCAGCACGCGAAUACACCAUCGCGCUGACGGAGGAGCUCGCGCAUCGGCCGAAGGGGCUGAGCUGGGCAGAGGCAGCGUCGAUACCGUUAUGUGCGGAGACGGCGUGGCAGGCGUUGUUUGAACAGGCGGGGGUUGGGGAUUUCCACAGCCCGGUCUGGAAAGGGAAACGGGUGCUGGUUACUGGUGCGUCUGGGGGGACGGGGAAUUGGGUGGUGCAGUUGGGGAAGAUAGUGGGUGCAGAGGUGAUUGGGACGUGUGGGAGUAAAAAUGUUGACUUUGUACGGGGAUUAGGAGCAGCGGAGGCGAUUGAUUAUCGGAAGCAGUCACUACGGGAAUGGACAGAUGCGACGGAGAAGAAGGUGGAUGUGGUGAUUGACUGUGUUGGGGGGAAGACGUUGGAGGAUGCGUGGUGGUGUGUGGCGAAUGAUGGCGUGGUGGUGAGUAUCUGCCAUCCACCGGAAGAGCAUCGUCCAGUGCAUCUGUUGUACGAUGGCAUCAAGGAGGUGUUUUUCAUCAUGAAGCCGGAUGGGUCGACUCUACAGAAAAUCACCAAGUUGGUGGAAGAAGGCAAAUGCUGGCCAGUGGUGGACAGUGUGUGGUCGUUGCAGCAGUUCCAAGAGGCUUUUGAUCGCGUGGGAGGAGGCCAUGCGAGGGGGAAGGUGAUUAUGGAUUUGACUAUCUAAUAAUUUUGUAUUUAUCAAGUGUCAUUGUUUUAAAGUGUCUGUCAUCGUGGAAAUGUCAAAUUGAAGUCGGAAAUAACAGGAGACGAUCGCGGAUCUUCACCGGAGCCAGAAUGGUUAAUUUCAAAUUGACUUUUUCCGGUUAAAAAUUCACAUAAAGCCAGCCUGGCUGUCACUUUUACCAACACCAAAUAAUAUAAUUAAUAUAGAUAAUAAAAAUGAUCCAAGUCAGCUCGCCGGAGAAAGACGCAGCGCUGGCGGUGGUCAGCGAUGUCGCUCAGGCUGUCGACCCCGCGGUGGAGAGGCGAGUGUUGCGCAAGAUUGAUUAUUUCUUCAUGCCAGCCAUGCUGAUCGGAUAUGGAUUCGUCUACUGGG